GAAUAAUUUCAUCUCGCACAAAUUUACAAGUUGGAACAUAGAUUACGAUCAAGAUUGAUAUAGCGCAAUAUGAGCUUCAACUGCACACUCGUGUUAUGUUUCCUCUUUGGAUGCACUAGUGGUCUGCUAGACGGUUUGCAAGAACACACGAUAGAAGCGAGAUUUCAGAUUCUGACGCAGGAGAUAAACAAGUUACAGCAAACUGUGGCAGCUUUACAGAAACAAGUAGACAGUCAAAAUGCCACCCAGACAAUGCCCAUCGCCUUUACAGCCAGUUUACAAAACACGAUCACAAACAUGGGAUCUCACCAGCAGAUCGUUUUUGACUAUGUUAUCACAAACAUAGGGAACGCGUACAGUCCUUCACACGGCCACUUCACCGCUCCGAUUAGAGGUGUGUACGCUUUCUUCGUUAUGAUAACAGAUAUCCCUGGACAUUCUGCCAGUAUUCAGCUUUUGAAAAAUGGACAGUGGAUCGGACAUGCGUUAGCCAACGGAAGCAGCCAAGAUGGCAACCUUUAUGUGACGUCAACUCUUCCAGUCGUAGUGCAGCUACAGAAAGGUGAUGAAGUUUGGGUCCAGAACGAAGGUUCCUUCUCAACUGUUGAAGAGCUGGACGGUGGUAGCUGGUCGUCAUUUUCAGGUCAUCUUGUUGCCGCUAACUAACAGAGGGAGCCAAAAAUCAUCCGAAUAGACAUGUGUCUCUAGAAAGGACCUUUUGUGUCUUGUAAUAAAAAUAAUUUAGAAAUAAAAAGUAUUGAUCUAAAA